AUGGAUCCACAAUUGGACGCCAUGAACGACCAAAAGCCAGUCACAAAGACACCUGUCGUCCGCGGCGCCCGGGCAUGCACAGUAUGUCGUACAGCAAAGAUGAAAUGCGUCGGCGCAGAGGACGGCCAGAAGCAGUGUCAGCGUUGCAAGCGGGCUAACGUCGAAUGUGUCUUUGAAAAGCACAGGCGCGGAAGGAAACCGGGCUCAAAACUUUCCGAGGCGUCCAAGAUGCUCAGGCGUCUCGAGAAGGGCCUCAACUCAGCCAAGAUGAAGUCGCAGUCGUCUGAUUCAACAUCUCCUUAUCACACUGACGAUCUGCAUCCCCCGCCGAAUCAGGACACCGCUUAUUCGCCCAUUCGCCCAUCCGAUCCUCCGUACAGCUCCACGAGUACCCACUUCCCCAAAAACGAGCUGUCCACUCCUAGUAUACCCCCGUACCAACCCUUGGACGCGUAUCCCCCUCCGAAUAACGGCUCUAGGCCUAUGGACAUAGACGAUGAGGACGAAGACCCGGACAGGGCCGAAGAGGCUUUCUUUCCAGCCAAACUCAUACGACAAGAGAACCGCAAUUCAUUCUUUGGGAUAAUCCUCAAUCCCAAACCCGAAGAGGCCCCCGCCGCCGCGCCCCAGCGCAGUAACUCCUUCACUCCGCCUCAGAACACCACACCUUCCCCUUCAGGCCUCAGUGAUCCGAUCACAGCUGGCAUCAUCACUGACAUUGAGGCAAAAACUCUUUUCGACGCCAUUUUCCUGCGUUUGAACCCAUUUAUCAAUCUCUUUGAUCCUAUUCUUCACACUGUUGAAUAUGUACGGUCAAAAUGCCCCUUCUUAUUCACCACCCUCAUCAUGGCGGGCUGUAAAUUUUUCAAAGCCGAAAAAUUCAAAGAGUGUCAAAAGCUCGCAAAUGAAUACACAAUUCGCGCCUUUGCAGAGUCUUGGAAACGUGUCGAGGUUGUACAGGCGUUUGCAUGCCUCACUUACUGGAAAGACCCCGAUGACAGCAGAACAUGGACGUACAUUGGUUAUGCUUGCCGCAUGGCUGUCGAGUUGGGCCUCAAUCGUUAUACACCCAAUCCUCCCCCAGGCGAAACAGAGUUUCAGAAGCUUGAAAGGCGUAACCGUCAACGCACCUAUCUCGUUCUUUUCGUUCACGAUCGCAGUCUAAGCAUGCAAACUGGCCGAAUUUGGAUGCUUCCAGAAGACGACCUAAUCAGAAAUUGCCAGAACUGGCACUCUGAAGCCGGCCCUUCAAUACGUCCUGAGGAUGCCGUCAUCACUGCUUUCGUUUCCUUGCGUCGAAUCGCUGCCGAAACCACGGAUAUUUUCAAUUCGUCCAAAAGUUCGCAUUCAGAUAUUAAUCACGACAUGGUCUUAAAAACUUGCAACGCUCGGCUUAACCAGUGGGAUGAACAUUGGCGAUCGGAAAUGCAAAAAGUGGGCGGUGAAAAGUUCCACCACUCCUUCCUUAGUUUCUUCCGGCUUCAUGUUAGACUUUUUCUGAACAGUUUCGGGUUACAGCCUUCUAUGGUCCAUGGAAGCAAUGUCACUCCGAACGUACAGGCUCUCAAUGCCUGUUUGACCAGUGCCAAACAAUCUUUGGAGAUUGCAUCACAAGACUUCCACAGCAUUCAUGUAUUGAGAUACGGCCAAGACUCUAUCACCGUUAUGACAGCAUAUUCGGCCGUCUUCCUUCUCAAGCUUUUACGCACUAAUUUGAUCAACAUCGACUCAGACAAUCUCAACGUGGCUGAGAUCCACAAACUGAUUUCUCAGACGGCCGACUCAUAUCAGGAUGCAUCGUUGUCGUCGCCGGUGUCUAUUUCCGCAUCGUACCAUGCCCGAUUCCUACGCAGCUUAGUCGCCAAUGAUAUUUUUAAAACCCGGCACGUACAACCUUCGCAUAGUAUGCCGAUUGAUCCCCGGCUUCAAAGUUCUAUGUCGAUGCAGACCUCCCCUGCCAAAAUGUAUUCUCCUCAGAGUGGGCGGGUGCAAGAUCAGCCCGCAGUCACUCAUGUGGUACAUACACACCCCAACUUUCAUUUUCCAGCGUCCCCUCAUCUUCCCGCACAUCCUACUCCUACCGUCGUGCAGCAGGAGCACAAUGACUAUGCACAACACCCACAGGCACAAGUUCCAGGGCGCAGCCCAAUGACGCAGAGCCCUCCCGGGGGUGUCGUGAACCCGAUCCACUACCCUAAUUCCGGUCCCGUAUCGAAUGGCGGAAACGUGGGCGGCAACGGCAACUUGAGCGGUGGUAAUCAUAAUCUGAACGGUAACGGCAAUGGGAUCGGGAAUGGGAUGAGUGGCAUGAAUAACGGAUACGCGCCGGCCGUACCUCCCCAUUCUUCCGACCUUGACGCGCAUUACUGGAAGAAUAUGUUUAUAGAGCUAGGAUUUGGGGAUACUGUUGACCCAAAUAGUAUGCCUGUGGGUGUCACGAUGGUAAGAGGGGUGCCUCAGUACAUGGACCAGCAGCAACAGCAACAGCAGCAACAUCAUCAUCAUGCCCAGCAGCAGCAUCAACAUCACCAACAAGAACAUGAGCAGCAGCAUCACCAACAAAACCUGAUGCCACACCAACAAUCCCAUCAUAUGCAGGCACAAAUGCAAUAUCACAUUCACCAGCCACAGUACGGACAUUAA